AUGUUGACAUCUCAGCUGAAGGAUGCUUACCGCGCCCUCAACUUGUCCUACGAUGCUGAGUGGGAGAAGAUCAUGGACCGAGCCAGGAGUUUGAAGCACAGGUAUAAGGCGGCUGGAGACAAGCGAAGUCUGGCUCGGGUCUAUAAGGCGUUCUCAAUCCUAGAGGCCGACAGGAAGAAAAGGCUGUAUGGUGGCGAUGAGCAGCUCAUAGGCCGAUCGAGGCGGGACCGGGAGCUUGAUGGGAUGUACAACCAUAUGACUAAGGAGAUCGCUAAGCGUCGAAGGGAAGAGACCGCGGUUGGUGGAUCUGCAUCAGCUGAACGGGUCGACCUCAUGCACACGGUAGUGGCCGAUGACACUGUUCACACUGGGGAUGUUAAGGAGAAGGAAGAGACCUCGUUGAGCUCGUCCAGUAAGGAGAUGGGUCCGCCCAUGAAGAAAGCAAAGGACGGUGAAGAGGGAUCGGCCAAGUCGGAAGGCUCCAGUGAGACCAAGAGUGCAUCGCAUCAGACUAAGAUGUCCGACGUCGACUGGCCGGCCCAGUUCGCCAGAAUGCGAGAUGCGAUGACCAAACACGAGCAGUGA